GUGUGUGUGUGUGUGUGUGUGUGUGUGUGUGUGUGUGUGUGUGUGUGUGUGGUAUGGUUAGGGUGGGAGACACGGGGCUGUGUGGUGUGGCUGUUAAACACUGAUGCAGCUUUAUUUAUUCUCUUGCGCAGAAAGUUGUACAUAGUUUGUGUCCAGACUGCAGACAUCGACAUGAGGACCUGUGAGGGAAAGAAUCUGUGGUGUGAUCUGUAGGCGACAAAAUAAAAGCUACUUCUUCUGUGAGGACAAACUAAAGAGGACCUGUGAUGACAGGGACAGUUUAAAGAGGACCUGUGAGGACAGGGACAGUUUAACGAGGACCUGUAAGGACAGGGACAGUUUAAUGAGGACCUGUGAGGACAGGGACAGUUUUCUGAUAACCUGCGAGGUCAGGGACAGUUAACUGAGGACCUGUGAGGUCAGGGACUGUUUACUGAGGAUUGUGAGGACAGGGACAGUUUACUGAGGACCUGUGAGGACAGGGACAGUUUACUAAGGACUUGUGAGGACAGGGACAGUUUACUGAGGACUUGUGAAGACAGGGACAGUUUACUGAGGAUCUGUGAGGACUGGGACUGUUUACUGAGGACCUGUGAAGACUGGGACUGUUUACUGAGGACCUGUGAGGACUGGGACUGUUUACUGAGGACCUGUGAGGACAGGGACAGUUUACUGAGGACCUGUGAGGACAGGGACAGUUUACUGAGGACCUGUGAGGACUGGGACUGUUUACUGAGGACCUGUGAGGACUGGGACUGUUUACUGAGGACCUGUGAGGACUGGGACUGUUUACUGAGGACCUCUGCAUGAGAGAUUUAAUUGGUUUAUUCAUUAUUAAUUACUCUGAUUACUUUAGAUAUUAGUUGUUUUUGUAAAUGUUUUAAUUGUUUAUUAGAUAUUUAGUAGCAUUGUAAUUAUUUAAUUAACUGAUUAUUAUUUUGACUGUUAUUAAAAUGUAAAGAUAAAUGUAAAGAUAACGGUGACACACUACAGGAGAAUUAGGUAGAAUUUUUAAACAAUAGAAUACAAUUAUAUUUUUUAAUUAAUUUGAGUGUUUUUGUGGAAAACGAGUAUAAAAUAAAUGUGUUUACUCACUAGUGAGUGUGAUGUAACAUGUUUAUGAUGGAGAUUUGUGACAUGAUGUGAAAGUGAAAUAGAUGGAGAUUAAAGUCUUGUUCAAAGUUAUUAACUUCAGAGUUUGGACUUUUUAUUACUACAGAUUAAGAUGAAUAAUAUUCAAACAUUUAAUACAAAUGUCUGACUUUAAAAAGAGGGAUGAAAUGACGCAUGUCUGUGGGAACGAAUGGACAUUCGUUGAAUAUAUAACUAAUAACUAAUUAAAUGCGGUUGAUUGGACAUUGGACAGAUAUGUUGACAUUGUCUCGAUGUAAUUACAUAGUUGUGCUUUUUUUUUUGUAGAAUUUCAAUCUGAAAGUUUUGUUGUUUUAUUUCUGAUUUUAAUUAUUCAGAUAAUGACUCUAAAUUAACAUGUGAUCUAUUUCCUGGUCAUUUUGAUUAGACGUUGACUAACUGCUCCAUAAUCACUCUGAUUGGCUGCACGGGCUGAACAUUUGUUAGACCAAAUAUUUUGUAUACUGACCACUGAGCGGUCAGUGAUUGGACAGUGGGUGGUGUCUGAUGUGUAUGUUUGGUGUGUUCGGCAGGUAUCUGUACACUUGGAUCCUCUGCAGUCUGGGAUGUGGGCGUGUCCCAAGGGGUUUGGAGUGGGGCGGGUGAUGCAGUAUUCAGGGUGUUGUUAAGUUCAGUAGAUCAGACACAUCAGACUGGGGAACUAUGGCGGCUAAAGACAAUUCUUGCCGUAAGUUCCAGGCGAAUAUCUUCAACAAGAGCAAGUGCCAAAACUGCUUCAAACCCCGAGAGUCCCAUCUGCUCACUGAUGAUGACUAUACACAGGCUAAUCCUAUAUAUGGAGGAUGGCUGCUUCUGGCACCUGAAGGAACAAACUUCGAUAACCCGUUACACCGGUCCCGAAAAUGGCAAAGACGAUUCUUCCUUCUUUAUGAACACGGACUUCUGCGAUACGCUCUCGAUGAGAUGGCCAGCACCCUUCCACAGGGCACCAUAAACCUAAAUGUGUGUGUAGACGUGGUGGACGCAGAGGGCACGACGGGGCAGAAACACUCACUCUGUAUCUGCACUCCAGACAGAGAACACUACAUCAGAGCUGAGAACCGAGAGGUCAUUAACGGGUGGCAGGAGGCUUUGAUUGUAUUUCCCCGGACCAACAAACAGAACCAGAAGAAGAAACGGAAGGUGGAGCCGCCAACUCCACAGGAGCCUGGACCAGCCAAGGUCACUGUAACGAGCAGCAGUGUUCUGUGUGUUAAUAACAGUGUGGUUCAGUCUGAUGGGGCUGAGAGAGAUUCGGAGCGUGUGACUGUAGGACGGAAGCCGAGGGUGGAAAGCGGCUACUUCUCGUUGGAGAAACCGAAACCUGAACAACCCCAGCAGGAGCAGCUCUCCUCCUCUUCAUCAGUAUCAUCCUCUUCCUCUCGUCUGAGGUACAGCACUUCGGAUCCGGCGCUCUGUCCCUCACUGUCCUUGCACAACACACACACUUCACCUGACACACACACUACACACUCAGACUUCACAGACAUACCCACUGGUUCACAGUCUGUCGAUGAUCCACACACACAUUCAUUGCCAAGAACAAACACAGUACGAUCUCCUUCUCCACACACUUCUGCCAACACACACACGCUGGCAUCGUCACUCUCGUCCUCUCAGAGCUCCCUCGACUCUGGGUCGAGCCCUGAGAGGCAGGGUCAUGUCACAAGAGUGGGUGGGGCUACCCCAUCAGAGGCUGGCGGAAUCAACGCGAGGCCCGGGCGAAGUGGGAGGAGCUAUGCGGCAUUGGCGGACGUCCCCCGUGCGAGAAGGCUGAGCCAUCGAGAGGCGUUUCGUUCUGAGCGCAAACGGCAGGAGCUGAGAGCAAGAACACGGAGCCCAGGGAGAGAGGAGGUAGAGAGACUGUUCGGACAACAGAGGAAACGUACUCAGGUGAUUGAACGGUUUGAGACACAACAGUCAACAGAUACAUUGGAGCACAUGGACACAACAGAACUGUCCUCUUCCUCCAGUCAAUCCACCAAUCAGAGAACAGGACGCAGUGAGAGGCGUCUCCCUACCCAGAAACAGGACCUCUCAUUGGAUGCUGGUACUUCAGGCUCAGUAACGGAUUUUUCUGGAAAAAUGUCUGUUUACAGAAGAGCUAAAAGUCUGGAUCGCCGAAUUACAGAGUCAUCAAUGACGCCUGAUCUGCUGAACUUCAAAAAAGGAUGGAUGACUAAACUUUAUGAGGACGGCCUGUGGAAGAAGCACUGGUUUGUUCUGACUGAACAGAGUCUGAGAUAUUACCGAGACUCCAUCGCUGAAGAGGCAGCAGAUCUUGACGGAGAAAUUGAAUUGUCCUCAUGUUAUGAUGUCACUGAGUUUCCUGUGCAGAGGAACUACGGCUUCCAGAUCCACAGUAAGGAGGGAGUGUUCACUCUGUCUGCUAUGACUUCUGGGAUACGGAGGAACUGGAUUCAGGCCAUAAUGAAGAGUGUGAGACCCACCAUCACUCCUGAUGUCACACGUUCUGUCCCAGAUCAACAUGCCAACACUAAAGCAGCCCCUCCGACCCCCAACAUCUCUCGUCCUUCAUAUGUUUGUGGUCAGAGUUCUUGUGAUGUCAUUGUCGAUUCAGCUGACCACCGUAAGCCACGCCCUCGUGAUCACAGGCAAGAGGGAAGAUCCAAAACCUUUGACUGGGCGGAGUUUCAAAAUGAGAGGGCGGAAGCGUUGGAUACAAGCUCCUCCCCCUCCCCAUCUUCUGUUUCAUCGUCUGCUUCCUCUCCUUCCUCAUCAGUCUCAGAAGGGAAGUUACUCCAUCGGGAACAGGAAACAGCUCCAGAGAACAAAAAAGGGCAUGUGGACAUAACCACUGCAGUUCCAUCAGUCAAUAAGAGUCCAGAUGUACAAAUGGAGAUUGAAGAAAGAUGGCAUCAGGUGGAGACCACACCCCUCAGGGAGGAGAAACAAGUGCCAAUCACAGGACGCUCCGCCUCCUUUACUACAGGAGACAAAGUUCCUGCAGAACUCCUACCCCUGCUGGACACAGAGAACCAGAAAGAGUUAGUGAGGCUGCAGGAACAGAACACACUCCUACAGGGGCAGCUACACGAUGCAGAGCAGAACGCACGGGAAGGUUAUGUGUUGCAGUGUACCAGUGAACCAGGACAACCUUCAUCCGAUUCUACAUCUUCUUCCACAUCUCACCGAGUGCCAUGGCAGCGCAUGAGCAAGCUGAACAAGGAACUUAAGACAGAGCUGGAAGCUCAAAGACGGAAGCAUGAUCUAGCUAAUCAGCAGGUCAACAGCCUGAGACGGAGCUACAGUGAGGCACAGGAUUUGAUUGGGCAUCAUGAGACUGAAAUCGAGGCUCUGCAGGCAAAACUUGUAUCUGCAAUGACUGAAAUUGUAGCAAGUGAGCAAGCAGUGGCUCGCAUGCGCAGCGAGCUGAAGCUGGAACAGAGUCGUUGCCAUGAGCGUGAAGAGGAGUGGAUUUCCAAUGAGAAAACCCUACGAGCACAAUUACGGGACAGUGAGGAACGCCUCCGGGAUGUGGAGGCAAGUUUGUUAGAAAAGACCCAGGCACUUAGACUAUUGGAGAGACAGCAGGCCUUGCAACGGGAUCAGCACAAGGAAGUGCAAAAGCUGCAGGAGAAGCUAAAUGAGGUUACUGGAUGUCUUAUUGCAACAGAGGAGGCACAUGCCCUAAGAGAGGAGCGGGAAAAGAAAGAGCAACGUUGCCUGGAGGAAAAGCAUGAGCGAGAGCGACAAGGAUUGAGUCGUAGGAUUGCAGAGUCUGAGGAAAAGAGACUCAAAGCUGAGGAGCAACUUCAGGAAGCUCAGGACCAAGUAGAAACUCUCCUCAGAGGAGGUGCGGGAGAUCGAGUAGAAUCAGAAGUCAGGGAAGAGAUGCUACGUUUGCAGCAGGUUCUGAAUGAACAGGCAGAUGUGAUUGAGAACCUUCGGGAAAGUGUGAGAAGGCUGGAAGAUGAGAGAGAUCACCUUACGUGUCGCUGCCAGGAAUUGGUUAAUCAGAUCGCAGAGGCAGACAGGGAGGUAGAAAAACUACAGGCACAGCUCAAAACAGAAGAGACAGACUACUACUCUUUGGAAAGCUCGUAUGAGCGGGUUUCACAGGAGUUUGCAAGAAUCACUCGUGUUUUGCAAGAGAAGGAAGAGGAAGUGCGACAGACAAAGGAGACAUAUGAGAAGCUGAUGAGACAAAAAGACCAGGAUAUGAAUGAAGCCCUUGUCAAGAUGGCUGCUUUAGGUAGCAGCCUGGAGGACACUGAACAACGUUUAAAGGCAAAGGAAGAACUUCUUAGUCAAAUUGGACCUAGAGAGGUGGAGCAAGAGUUGCAGGAGAAGCUGGUGGUAGCAGAGGAUCGAAUAUCUGAACUGGAAGAGCAUCUCAAUGCUUUGCGUUUGGGGUACGCAAACCUUAGAAUGGAGCGAUGUGGAUCUCAGGAGGAUGUCCUUGACGCAUUAGAAAAACGAACAGAGCAUGAUAUAUCCUUCUCUACCACUUCGUCUUUAACUCUUGCAAGAAGUAGCUCUGAGACAGAAGUGUCCUUUGCCAAACGACAGAGGAUCCGCUUCUCCAACAUUCAGUGCCAAAAGUACCACCAAUCGCAGAGAAUCGAAAGGAUUCAUCCAGAUAACACAUACCUGGAGUUUACUCAAGGGGAGCAGCAAGACCUUGUAACAGAAACAAGCCUGAUCCUCACUGAUGACACCAUCCAGGACUUGUCCCAGGAUAUCAGCUUAGUCACUGACAACACAUUUCAGUACUGCAGUGAUACAGAAAAAUUUUUGUCCAUCAUCCAUGGGCUGGAGUCAAGGCUCCAGGCCACAGAAGAGAAGCUUAGAGAUAUCACAUCAAAGAAGCAAAAUGAAGAUGGGUUGCUUGUCAACAAAGGUUUGAUGGAAGUAUGCUGUGAUGAUCCCCCUGUUGAACCAGACCAGUGUGAACCAGAUGUUAAAUUCUACUCUUGUUUGGGUGACAUUGUACAGGAUAGUGUCAACAAUGAAGAUUACAGAAAAGCUCUAGCUUUUGUGGAGUCAUGCAGGGUUAGGGUUAGGGGGAUUCUUAACAGUCAGCAUGAAGAAGGAAUAGCACAAGCACAAGUUCUCACCUUAGCUGAGAUUGAGAAAGACUUGGUUAAUGCAUCCUUACACAUUAGACAAGUUGCAGCACGAUACAAAGAGUCACUUACCUGUCAGAGUGAUGCCAAGACACAGAUGGAUAAAAGUGAAGUAAAGGUUCUUGCAAGAAUGUUAGCCUUUGAAGGGACUGUUUUGGAGAAAAUGGCAUUUUCUCUUCAAGAUCCAAAAUCAGAACUAAUGCAAAGUCUUAGUGAGAUAAAUAAAGAAUCCCAACAGGUUAUCAUGAACCAGCAGGAUUGCCUUUCUGUCAUUUACACAGACAUUCUGAAGAGGAAACUAAAAUUACAGAAUAUUCUGAUAAAUGAUCUAAAACAUGAGCUCCACCAAGCACAUACCUUUAGUACUGACAAUUUGCUGACACCCGAUAAUAGUGUCUUUGCUCUAAAUACAAUUCACAAUGCCUGUAUCAAUGCUGAACUUGCGUACUGCCUUCAGAACUUAAAGCACUCUUACCAAGACAAGUUUGCGGAACUUCAAAGAGACUUGGUCAAGGUAAAAGAGAUCUUACAGCAAAGGGAUUUAGCUGUGAGCGAAACAGCUAUGCCUCUCAACACCAAAAAUGUUGCCCAAGAUGUUGGUGAUAAAAUGAAUACUGUUACAGAGAACACUCUUUCUGACAUCAACCCUCCUGAACUUGCCCCUUAUGCACAGCAGAUAGAGAGGGAAGAAGCUCACACUCUUGCUCAAGAAAUAAUAGAAAGACACUUAGCUGGAAUCAUGUGUUUGUGUGUCACGGAAUCGGUGGCAUCGCUGGAUACUAGGCAAGAGAGUCUCAUUACUGAGCUAAAGGGACAAGCCAAGGUCCUUUACCACUUGUCUGAACAGCUGGAAAAGGCAUGUGAGGAAGAUAACAGCUCUGUCCUUUGUGGACUUCCAGGUCAAAUCCAAGCGGUUUUAGGACCUAGAGACACCAGCAUGUACAAGACUCUCAGCAUGCACGAGGCUCUGAUUCAAGUGCAGGUAGCUUAUGUUGCCUGUCGACUAAGAGCUGAACAUGAGAGGGAGCUUUCACUCUGCCAGGAGACUAGCCACAGUAUGGCCACUUUGGUCCAGGAGCAUGCCCAGCAUGUAGCAGCCAUCCACCAGCGUUUCCAAAGUAGCCUAGAAGAUGAAAGGAUUCAUUACUUCAAGACAAUAAACUCUAUUCAGGAAGAAAAUGAAACUCUACGAGAGGAGGCAGCAAAGCAUCUUAAAGAGAUGGGAAGGCAGCAGGAGCAGAUUGUGCAAAUGGAAGAGGCAUUCCAGAGGGAGAUACGGGAGAUGAAAAGAAUGCAUGCAGAAGAAUUUGGCCGAGCAGAGCAGGAUCGAGCAACCAGCGAGCAAGCAUUAAUCCAACGUGCGGAAAACACACAACAAAAGCUCGAAAUCCUGCUGCAAGAGGUUGAGGGAGCAGAGUUAAUGCACAAUGAACACAUAUGCAAGCUGGAGCAUGAACUUCGUGGGAAGGUUCAGGAACUUGAAAAUGUACAUCAGGAAGAAAUUCAGAAACUUCACGACCGGUACAGUCAGACUAUCCGCACUCUCGGAGAGAGAUUAGAGACUAUAGCAGAUGAUACACAUCAUCCUUCUACAGCAGAGGCACUAGUUGAGGGCCAUUUUGAGGAGGGGAAAGGGCACGAACAGGAGGUGAGCACAGACUCAAUGUCACUGUUGAGAAGUCGUGUGCAGGAGCUGGAGUUGCAGAUGAUGAACAUGCGCGAUGAACUGGAGAACAAACCACCAGAUGGAGACAUGGCCAGUCUGCGAGAAAAGUACCAGAAAGACUUCGACAGUCUUAAGGAGACAUGUGAGCGUGGGUUUACGGCGAUGGAGGAAACUCAUCAGAAGGUGAUUGAGGAUCUUCAGCGUCAGCAUCAACGUGAGAUUAACAAACUGCUGGAGGAGAGAGAGAGACUGCUGGAGGAAGAGACGAACGCCACCAUUGCUGCGAUUGAGGCAAUGAAAAAUGCUCAUCGUGAAGAGUUGGAGAAAACACAGCGAGCACAGCUGAGUGGAGACGACGCAGACAUUGAACAACUGCGCAUGCAGUACGAAGAGGACUUACAGUCAAUCCACCGUGAGCUGGAGGUGUUGUCAGAGCAGUACUCUCAGAAAUGUCUGGAGAACACACACCUCGCUCAGGCACUAGAGGCUGAGAGACAGGCACUACAGCAGUGUCAGAGAGAGAAUCAACAACUCCACACACACAACCAGGAGCUGAAUAACCGUCUGACGGUGGAGAUCUCUCGCAUGCGUUCCUGCUAUAGUGGAGAGAAAACACCAUCACCUCUCACACAGGGCAAAGACCUUUAUGAACUGGAGGUCCUGCUACGUAUAAAGGAUUCAGAAAUACAGUACCUGAAACAGGAGAUCAACUCACUAAAAGAUGAGCUUCAGUCUGCAUUGAGGGAUAAGAAGUAUGCAUCUGAUAAGUAUAAGGACAUCUACACAGAGCUGAGCAUCGUGAGAGCUAAAGCUGAUUGUGACAUCAGCAAACUAAGGGAAAAACUACUGGCUGCGACAGAAGCCCUCGGGGAAAGAGACACACACACACCAGGAUAUGAUAUCAUGAAGUCGAAGAGUAACCCUGACUUCCUGAAGAAAGAACGCUCAGCGGUUUCUCGGCAGAUCCGUGGAGCGAGGUCUAAGUCUGUGAGUGAGGAGAUGCCUUUGGAUAGCUGCUCCUGCCCCUUCAGUGAUAUAGAGUCUGAAAGAGGGAUUAACAGUGCAGGAACGGAUGAAGCUGUUUGAAGCGAAAGACACGAGGAAGAUAUGAACAACUUUUACACACACACACACACACCCCCACACACACACACACACACACACACACACACACACAUCCAUGAACAAACAUAUUCACAAGAUUAUUCUGUGUAAUUACUUUGUUACAGUCAGUGAAGAGACAUCAGCUGCUUAGUUUAUUAUUGUUGUGUGUGUGUGUGUGUGUGUGUGUGUGUGUGUGUGUGUGUGUGUGUGAGAGAGAGAGAGAGAAUUUGCCAACUGCUGUAUAACUUUUGUUAAGAGAGUAUCAGUCAUUUUAAGAAUCAGAGUUAUUCUAAGAGAGCCAGCUGUAAUUUUGCUAACAAUGUUGUAAAUAAGGUGUGUGUGUGUGUGUGUGUGUGUGUGUGUGUGUGUGUGUGUGUGUGUGUGUGUGUGUGUGUGUGAUUCUAGCUCAUUUUAUAACUCGUUUUUUAAUACACAGCUCAUUCUAAGUCAGUUUUCCUCACAGCUCAUUCAGUGUUAUAGAUGAUCUGAUUAUUUUUAUGUCCCGCGGCUCGGUACACUUACGGCUGACGCGACAGACAGCCGUGUGUUAAUUACACACUAGUGUUAAGUGUGUAGUUUAGAGUAACGUAUACGACACUGCAUCAACAAACAAACAAACACAAUUAUAUAGCCGUGCCUGUGCUAUCGUAGCCAAAUCGCUAAGCUAGCUAGCAUGUGAGAUUAGCACAGCAACGCUAAACAAAUGGUUUCGCUAAGUUUACCGCUAUACCUGAUGUCACCUUGCAGUGCAUUGUGGGAAAUACACAGCGAGAAUACCACUGUAAGGAGAACUGAACAAUAAAUAACUUUCAUUAAAAUUUAAAGAUAAAGUUAUAGUGCCUGUGCAAAAGUUUAUACACCCUUAAGACAAGGUUUUAUUGUUUGAAUUCAUUUAAAACUCAUUUGAUUGUGUUCAGUUUCACAGACAUUCCUUCAUCUGUAUAAACACAAUGAUUUCUUCUUCUUCUGCUUAGUAUUAUUAUUAUUAUUAUUAUUAUUAUUAUUAUUAUUAUUAUUAUUAUUAUUAUUAGUGUUAAUCGUAUAAAAUCCCUACCCAGAAGUUGGGAUAUUUGUAACCCUCUUGUUUUAAUGUGAAUAUUUAAUAUAAUCACGGUCUAAUUACUUUAGCAGCUGCUUCUCGUCCUCUGAAGAGUUUCUUAAAAAAUGUUCUUUCAGAUGAUUUUUUGUUCAUUUCUGUUUUUUUAUUUUAUUGUCUUGGCCACACCCACAUUUUACUUUUAACUUUUAAUGUUGGAACCACAGAAUAGAGAUGUUUCUCCUUCCCUUCAGGACCCUCAGGUUUAUUCUUUAGUGCUGGUUUUUGUUCAGCGUUCGAAGUAAAUCGUAACUAAUUUGCAUAAAACGAACACACUCUUAGUUCACAAGUAAUUUUACUGCUGCUGGUGUUAAAUUAAAUCUCUAUGUUCUCUCUGAUCGGCUCUGUUUUAAAUGGACGUGUGUGUGUGUGUGUGUGUGUGUGUGUGUGUGUGUGUGUGUGUGUGUGUGUGCGCAUGAGCAUCUUUACUUGAUGUAGUGUUUUUAAAAAGCUGUGUUUGCUCACGUUUGCUCAUUUCUGGUGCACACACGCGCGUGUGUGUGUGUGUGUGUGUGUGUGUGUGUGUGUGUGUGUGUGUUUUGGAGAGAAAUAGAGUUUAUUCUGUGCUGAAUUUAUAUUUUAAGCGAGUGUAAGGUUUUAUUAAACACACUCACUGUAAGUCCCUGUAUAGUGUUAAAUACUCGGCGUUGUGUAUAUAUCUGUUUCACAGAGGUUUUGUUUAAUGUUUAAAAAUAAAAAAUAUCUUACUCAAUA